GACGAAGGAGUUAUGGCUUGGCCCGGUUGCCGCGACCCGGAAAGGGAGGAGCAGGAAAUGUUCUAAUUCCGCCACAGAGGGCACACACAGGCUGGCAGCCAACCAGUUUCAGGAUCCGUCCGCACUAUCUCACCACACCACACAUCGGUCGGUUGGGUUUGGUUAGCUCCUUCUUCUUCUCGGCUCAGCGGAGAACCCUUCGCCAAAACGAAACGCGCGUGGUCUCCUCCCGGUCUGGGAAGUUUUGAGCGGUUCCCACUUGCCACUCGUCGUCGGUCAAACACACGUACGGAGGUCGCGCCAAGGACCAACAAUCGACACGGUCACGUUCCGACGCAGGAAACAAGGUGCACACGCAAAAUGAUGUGGUGGUUCACCGUGUGUUGAAAGUUUUUCCUGUACCUUCACCGGACGGGGGAACAGCCCCGGUUCUAACCACACCGGACGACGGAUAGAAUCGUAUCGGAUCGAAUGCGCGGUCGGGUGAACGUGUAAUCAGUAAAUAAGCGUUAUCGAUACCGCAGCAACGCAACGUACGGCUACACCAAGGCGGUUGUUCUGUGUUGGAUCCUUUCGACCGGCGUCGCCGUUCGACGGGGAUCGUCUCGUCGGUAGGUCCGUUAAAGUUGAGGAUAAUCACUCGCGUGUGUUUGCAUCGGGACUUGUCUUGUUUGCCGAGAGGUAGUGCCCUGGCUGUUUGCAGUGCUCGCAGCAGGAUUUGACUUUUUACACCCAACCCGGUUUUAGCCGGAGGAGCAGUGCCGGUGUGGAAAUCGUUGGGUCAGUGGCAAAGUGUUUUCAAUUUUACCCAAUGCUGUCGAUGGGUACCCGGUCCGUUGGUCGGCUGAUACUGUGUGUGUAACCGAAAAGCCGCCAGAUGCAGACCGAUGUUGAGGCUUUACAAGUGAUUGGAUAUUUGCGCCCGUCGAGAUAUGGUGUAAACAUUGCAGUUGGGCUGCUGAAAAGAUCGUAUAAGACUGGCUCGAACGGUUGGAGUGGAUUUUGAUUCGGAGCUGUGAGGGAAAAAAACAGCAAGUUGAUGUUUAUCGGUAACGAAGUUUAUUAGGAUAAAGGUGAACUAGUUCUGAUGGAAUGUGAUCGGAUGUGUGUGGAUUUUCGGAUAUCAGGCGAAUUAAGGUUAUCAAUGUGAUAUUCAAGACAGAACAUCCCAUUCACAAUGCAACACAGAGCAGCCGGCAAAUUGAAAGUCAAUUAAAACGUCCAAAUAGACUGCGACCGAACUCGAUCCUGUAACAUAUUGACCGAGGCAAGUGUUAUACCGACGUGUGGACAAAGUCGGAAAAGUAUACAGUGCUGUGAAAGAGGGGUGGUGCGAAAAAAUUUACCAAAGCGUACGUGAUAAAAGCAUAAAUCAAAGUGUUUCGAUAUUAAAAAUGCAUCUGACUACGAACAAUUCAACGACAAACAGCAGCAACACGAAUGGGAACACUAUCGGCAGCAAUAACAAUGGCAGUGGGGGCGGUAGCGUCACCGGAAGUGGCGGCGGAGGUGGAACCAAUAACAACAGUAGCAGCAGUAGCAAUAACAACAGUGGAAGCGGUAAUAGCAACAACAAUAACAACAGCAGUAGCAAUAACAACAAUGGCGCGGCAGCUGGAGAAAAUGGCCCACCGUCGGCCGCCAGCAUACUCCAGGACACCUACACAAAGAUGACGUCCGAUAUACUGGCCGAACGGACGCUGGGCGAUUUUCUCUCCGAGCAUCCGGGCGAACUGAUUCGAACCGGGAGUCCUCUGUUUGUUUGCACGGUGCUGCCACCGCACUGGCGAUCGAAUAAAACACUUCCGGUUGCGUUCAAGGUCGUCGCGCUCGGGGACGUCGGCGAUGGAACGAUGGUGACGGUACGGGCCGGAAAUGACGAAAACUAUUGCGCCGAACUGCGAAACUGUACAGCUGUGAUGAAGAACCAAGUGGCCAAAUUCAACGAUCUGCGGUUUGUGGGGAGAAGCGGUCGAGGCAAAAGUUUUACCCUCACCAUCAUGGUAUCGACGAGUCCGCCGCAGCUCGCCACCUACAACAAGGCCAUUAAGGUGACCGUCGAUGGACCCCGAGAACCCCGGUCGAAAACAAUGUUAUCGUCACUUCUAGGACAACAGCAGCAGUUCCAUUUCGCCUUCGGCCAGCGCCCGUUCCACUUCCCGGCCGAUCCGCUGUCCAGCUUCCGGAUGCCACCGAUUGAUAUGUCCCAAUUCGGGCUGGGCACCGCCAACUCUCACUGGAGCUACAGUUCAACCGGUCCGUACUCUCCGUAUCUCACCUCCUGCACGACACCGACUGCGGCACAGUUCAACAACCCUGCCCUCGGUUUCACCUGUUCCAGUGGCGAACAGAACGCCGGUCAAGACUUCACCAGCACCGGAAGGGACUGCGUUCCGAUGCUUCCGGACUCAACAGCCGCCGAUCUUGACCAGCAUCUCAGCAGUUUGGUUGGAACACAACAGACCGCCCAGAUGACCCAUCCCAGUCUUAUGAGCGGUAAUGGCAGUGCCAACGCGUCCGGAAACGGUACCAAUGGAAGUGGAGUGAGCUCGCAGGCGAACACAAUAUCCACUACCAACGGACCCAACGGGUUACUCGUUCCUCGAUAUCAAAGCAAUUCAAGCAACAACAAUGAUUACGCCCUUCACACAAGCCAAAGUGGUCCCCGAAGUCUCAGCGAUUCAUCCCAGGCAGAAUCUCCGGUCCAAGAAGACCUACUGACAUCAAAUACACCAAAUUUGGGCGGAAGCGCGAAUCAAAAUUUCUCCAGCCUCGUUGUCAACCAGAGCCAAGCCAACUACGGAUCAAGCGGUGGAAGUUGCAACGGAUCCCUCUACCCGGUUCUUCCGGCAAGUCUUCUCUACUCCCAACUGUACACCGCAGCCAACCAAAGCCACGGCUUCCACAACCACCCGUUGCAAAACAGUCAUGCGACGGCACAGAACGCAUCGAUGCAUGCCGGGGAGCUACAAAGUGUGAUGGAUCAUCUCACCUCGUCCUCGGUCAACAGCGGCCGGCAGCAUCCGAACCUGAUGAGUAAUAACCCCCACACGGAUCUGUCGCUGAUUGGAAACUGCGGUGCAAUGGCACGGGGAGCACUGGAUGAGGUUGGAGCUCGGGCGCUGGCGGCCGGUGGCCGAGGUGUUCCCCCGCAAGGCCAGGUACAGUCCGAGAACGGGAACUCCGUCUGGAGGCCCUACUGAGGAAAGCUUCAACCGUAGGGUUAAAAGUGCAAUAUUUCGCGUGUUGUUAUCAGGAAUUAUGUUGAAUUGUUUCGUUGGAUCUUAUUACGAACAUGUUUAUUAUUUAUUUUCAUCUUUUGUACAUACUAGUUUCAUCCAACUGGAUAGCAUUUUACCCACGGUUGAUGUACACUAAACUAAAUGUUAACGCGUAACAAGAAAAAGUCGUAGUUUAGAACAGUUUUCUUAAACUUUGACAUUUUCGGUAAAAAAAGCUUGAAGAUUCUUAGAUAACAUGAACAAACAAGAUGAGAUGUAUACCUUUGUACAAUUUAAUCUGUGUACCAGUUGGGAACGGCAAACCAACAUCUGUCUGGUUCAGCCUAAAACUAUCCCCGAAAUCUAAGUCCGUAAGUAUUUGUAGUUACCAGUGAUUACCAAAUAGCUGUUACUAGAUGAGCACUUUUCUAUUUUUCACAAUGCUGGAAGAACUCCGUCAGAAGAAAUAGCCAAAAUGUAGAAAUAAACAUAGCACAAACAAUGAACAGUCUGAGCACGAAAAAAAAACAGUAAAAGUGCGAAUGGUUCAUGUUCCCUUUUUCUCGAUGUGAAAUUCUCCAAUCACGAUAGUGUUGUAUGUAACAUUGAUCAUCGUAUGACUCGUAUGAACGAUACCCCCAAAAACAGUAGUAGUGAAGUAAAUGAUCUUGCCAAGAUGUUACUAUUAUUGUAGGAAUAAUGAUCUAGUCUGUAAAAUCUGAGAUGGCGGAAAAUAAAUAAAUACU